AUGUGGCUUGUUGGUGUGGGCCUGGUUCUGGCUGGGCUUGCGGCGGGCACUUGCGGAAUGCAUUUGAUCCGCAAGUCGGAGCUCAAGAACCAGUCAGGUCACACUGCGGAAGGCGAACUUUGCUUUGCUGCCGGAAUGUUUCUCAACCUCGUCCUCGGACCAUCCCUUGAUGUGUCGGGCUAUGCCUUUGCGCCGGCCUCCAUCAUCUCUCCGUUUACCGGCUUUAACAUCAUUGCCAAUUCCUUGGUGGCUCCGAUCACGCUCGGUGAACAGGUGACGCGAUGUCGAUGCAUUGGGAUAGUCAUCGUCUUUGUGACCGCAACUCUGUCCGUCUUUUUCAACAAAGAGAUGCAGACGGAGAAAUGGACGCUUGAGCGGGCGCAGGAUGUGUUGCUUCAAUGGCGCGUUGCGGCAUACGGUAUCGUGUUUGUUUCGUGGCUUGCUAUUAAUGUGCGAGUGCUUGCACGCUGUCCACAUGGCUCUGUGAUCCGGGGCUUUUGCCUCGGAACGAUUUCUGGAUCGCUCGCAGGCAACAUGUGGUGCACCCGUUUGGCUGCAGUCUUUGUGAAGGAUUGUUUCAACGGCUCCUGUGGCAUAACUUGGGGCAACUGGCUCCCGUGGUUAAUUUCUGCUGGCGCAGCCUUCUUCGCCAUUACAAACGUGCCUUACAUGCAAAGGGCUAUGCGGAAAUACGAGGCUUUGUUCAUCGUCACAGUCUUCCAAGGCUCAAGCAUACUGACAAACAGCUUGUCCGCUGUGAUCGUGCUGCGGGAAUUGGAUGGAGAGCCCUGGUGGAAACUCGCCGGGUAUUUCCUAUGCAUCGGGGGUAUGAUCAUGGGAAUGUUGGUGCUGACCCUUGGAGAGGAAGACGGUGUCAAAACUUCCCACGGCGACAGUCAUCCCUCCGGCUGUCUCAAAAGCAGCAACUCCAAAACUUCGGUGAUCAUGGAAUUUGUGCAUGCGGGAACGAAGAUCCUAGGAACCGUUUACUAUGCCGGUGCAGGCCCUCGGCUUCACAGCCGGAACACGAGCACAGGAGUUAAGGCAACCUAG